GAGAAACAAACAGAUUCUUGUUCGGUAUAAAUAUAUUGACUUCAGUCUACGAUACAGCGACUACGCAAGAUGCCGACCGCCAUGUUCUUCCCUCUCCUGUUUCUCCUGGCCUGCGCUGCCGAAGGCCAUGUCCUUGCAAGGGAUACUCGGACCACCACCACCACUCCGACUUUCUGGACAACAACCACGCAACAACUUCCAUGUUGGGCCUACCUGAAGUUCACCUGUCCUGACCUGGACUGUCAGGGACACGCCUUCGUACCUCACGACUAUGACAACUGCAGGUGUGGCUACUGCAUCUGCCCAACCGAUCCAUCCUCGGGUACCACCAGCCGUCCGUGGUCCUGCCCUACCACGGUCUAUACCACGGUCCCCACCACCACUCCUACCACCACCACCACCUACUUAACCACUCCUACCACCACGGCCCCCACCACACUGGCCACCACCCACCCUCUGCCAUGUUGGCUGCAAUCCUGGAGGUUCACCUGUCCCUACAACAAGCCCUGUGUAGACCCUACACCGGACGACUACUCCAACUGUAGAUGUGGGCAGUGUCCAAACGGACCCAACUGCUACGCCUGGGACGGAUCCAUUAUACCCGCGGGGGGUGCUGUUGAGGUGGACGGGCACGCUUGCCAGUGCCCUGACUAUGAUCCAUACAGCAACCACCACAGCAGCUUACAGGCCAACUGUUACAAUAACGAAGCAAGGGAUACACGGACCACCACUCCGACCACCACCAUGACCACCACUCCGACCACCACUAUGACUACCACUCCGACCCUCCCAUCUCUGCCAUGUUGGUUGAACCACUGGAAGUUCACCUGUUCCAACUACAAGCCUUGUGUAGACCCGACACCGGACGACUACUCCAACUGUAGAUGUGGAGGGUGUCCAAACGGACCCAACUGCUACGCCUGGGACGGAUCCAUUAUACCCGCGGGGGGUGCUGUUGAGGUGGACGGGCACGCUUGCCAGUGCCCUGACUAUGAUCCAUGGAACCACCACAGCAGCUUACUGGCCAACUGUUACAAUAACGAAGGUCGCCCCUUACGUCCCCCCUGCUUUACUUCGGACUUUACCCUGAUACCCGCGGGGGAAGCUGUUAUUUUAGUUGAGGCGUUUCCGGGUUUCCCCGGUUACACUUGCCAGUGCCCUGACGACGGCAGCUCCUUGGCCUUGUGCCUUAACAUCAUCUCCACUGGCUAAGCGAUGGGUCCACACGUCACAUCCGAGUGUGCCUACAAAGGAUACAUUAAAAAGAAAGAUGUGACGAAAAA